AUGGACGAGAAGUAUUGCGCUAGUUUAGUGUUGUCAGGUGUUGGCGAUGCUAUUGGAUAUAGAAAUGGAAGAUGGGAGUUCCAAACUAACCCAAAGAAGAUAUGGGAGGAGUACCAAGAGAUGGGAGGAAUCGAUUACAUCAAAGUGGAUAGUAAAGAAUGGAGAGUAUCUGAUGACACUGUGAUGCAGCUGGCAACUUCAAUUGCCAUCACUAGAGACAAUGGCGAUGACUUUGAAAAGACAUGUCAAGAGAUUACAACCGCCUAUAUCAGAUGUUUGGAGGAUAUGGGAGGCAGAGCACCUGGAAGACAGACACUAGAGUCCCUGGCACAUUUCACACCAGGAAUGAAGAAGCAAUUGUUAAAGUGGGAUGAACUUCCAUACGCACCAGCAGGAGGUGGAUGUGGAGCAGCAAUGAGAUCAAGCUGCAUUGGACUUAAGUACUGGUCCCCUGAUGCGAUUGGAGACUUGAUCAGAUACUCGAUUGAAAGUGGCAGGAUCACCCACAACCAUCCAGUUGGAUUCCUAGGAGCAAUGGUGGCAGCUUUGUUCACAUCUUACGCCAUUCAACAGGUGCCACCUCGUCAAUGGGGUACCAAGCUCAUGAAUGAGGCUUUGCCCCUGGCCAAGCAGUACAUUGAGGAGACGAGGAAAGAGCCAAACAGGACAUGGGAGAACUAUGAGAAGGGUUGGAACUACUUUGUCAACGCGUGGACCUCAUACCUGGAGCUGAGAAAGAUUCCAUUCGGCGAACAGACCACCACAGAGAGCAACUACCCAGAGUUCCCAGAGGAAUACAACUACAUGGACAGAGAUAAGUUCUACCACAGUCUUUCAUUUGAUGGAUGGGGAGGAUCCAGUGGACACGACUCUGUUCUUAUAUCCUACGAUGCACUGUUAGGUGCUGGCAGCUCGUGGAAGGAGAUGAUCGAGAGAUCAGCGAUCCAUGGCGGAGAUAAUGACAGCACUGGCGCAAUCGGUUGUGCCUGGUGGGGUGCACUGUAUGGUUUCACUGGCGUGCCAGACAUCAACUACCAACAUUUGGAGUAUCGCCGUGAGCUCUACGCUCUGGCCAAGGCUUUGCUUGCACAGAGAAAGUAA